AUGUCCCGUCGCUCCAGCUUGCAAGCAUCCCAGCCGACUCCUUCGUCGACCCCACUUACAACGAGAGUCAUUAGUCAAGGUGUAGUCUUGUUGGAAAACCUCGACCAACAGCGCUACGCUAAACGAUCCCGCUACUCUACCGUUCUUGCUGACGAGCCCGACGAGCCCGACGGCUUGGACUCGAACUCACCCAUCUACGAGUCCUUUCUCGCUUCCCAAGGAGUUGAAGGGAUUGUGACAAUGACAAACUUCUCGCCGUCUGAGUUCAACCUCAUUUGGACAGAGAAAGGUGGCGACGUCGUCGCGGCUGUAUUCAAGCAAAAGCCGACGACCUUCGAGAAGCGAGUCAUGCCCUUCCUGAUCGUUCUCCACCCAUACCUCAUGCGACCGUUCGUCACGGCUGUCGAGCAGAAGUGGCCAAUGCAGGCGCUCGCGGAGUCGGGGCAUCGGUUCAAGAACUUUCUGGCUGUUCGGUACGCCACGGACGUCACGUUUCAGCAAACGCAUGUACCGGCCGGCGCCACCAAGUUCUACAAGAGCAGCGUGUCGGACAAGACAAUAUUCGACGAGAACAUUGACUCUCACCUGGUCAACCGGGCAAAGCGCAUCGCCGAGACGACGCUCGAAGACUCGGAGCCUGGGGCGGGACAUGGCAUCACGCCAGUCUUUGGGGUCGUUGUUGUUGGCACGGUCGGCAAGCAAAGCAUAGACAAACAAUGGUUCCAUAGGAGCCAAAGUAGGAGCAGAACUCGAAGGUGGUAA